CUGAAAUCUGGGUGCCGGUGACUUUGACCACCUGAGCCGCCAAACAAAAUGCAUUGCUGACAAACUUGAUUCUCGGAUACUUAUUAGUGUCUGAGCUGGCACUGCCACUGACAAAGUAUUGUACUUGAACCUUCCCUUCUUCUUUACCAACAUUAGUCCCCGUUCGUUUUCACCAAAAUUAAAAUCCCCAACCUCGUUCGUAUCGAACCCCACAGAUUUGCUUAUCUCCAAAUCCAAACACCCCAUCUUCUCUCUCACGCCAAAAUCCCCGUGGAAAAUCAAAUUCCUCACUUCUCUUUUCCUUUUACCAAACCUUUAUCUUUUUUCCAGCCUUUUCUUUUUCCCAUAUAGCAUAAACCCCGUCAUAUUAGCGAUUCUAAUUCCAUGCACCGACACCACCACCCCACCCUUAUAUAAAUACACCACCACCCACCACUACCACACUAUCGCUCACAAUUUCACAAAUCUUUUCCCUAUGUUCCGUAAAAUCCUUUUCCCCUCUCCCCCUCCAAUUCUCUUUUUUCCCUUCAAAUUUUCCUCAUUUCCCAAACACAGGACAUUACUAUCCUUGUCCCCAAACAUCAUCCCCCACGCUCCCCUCCGUUUUUUCUGCCUAACCUCGCCAAUGUCGACCGACUCUCGCGCCCUCCGCACCGUGUCCAUUCCGGCCGCCGACGUGGCCGACCGCUCCGACCUGAUUCGGGCCCUGGAGACCUCGCUCGGGUCGCAUUUCAGCUCCGACCCGAUCGUCCCGACUCCGAACCCGCUGAUAGUCGUCAUCAGCGGCCCCAGCGGCGUCGGCAAGGACGCCGUGAUAAACCGCCUGACGGAGCUCCGCCGGAACCUCCACUUCGUCGUGACCUGCACGAGCCGCGCCAUGCGGCCCGGCGAGACCGAAGGGAAAGACUACUACUUCGUGACGAAGGAGCAGUUUCUGAGGAUGGUGGAUCAGGACGAGCUGCUGGAGCACGCGCUGGUGUACGGCGAGUACAAGGGGAUUCCGAAGAAGCAGGUGAGGGAUCUCAUGGGGAAAGGCUACGACGUGGUGCUGAGGGUCGAUAUCCAGGGCGCCGAGACGCUGCGGCGGGUCCUGGGGCAGAAGGCGGUGUUCAUGUUCUUGACGGCGGAGAGCGAGGCGAAGAUGGUGGAGAGAUUGGUGGACAGGAGGACGGAGAGGAAAGAGGAGUUGCUCGUGAGGAUCGCCACCGCGAGAGAGGAGGUUAAGCGCGUUUCGAGUUUCGAUUAUGUGGUUGUUAACAGGGAAGGGGAGUUGGAGAAGGCGGUGCAGACGGUGGAGGCGAUUAUCGAUGCCGAAAAGGCCAAGGUGCGGCAGCGGAAUGCCGUCCUAUAAUGAAAGAAGAAAAAGUAAGCAAAAUGUGGUGAUGGAGUGAUUAUGGCUCUAAGUAGAGGAAUUGUGAAGGAGUUACUUUGUAAACUCGGUUCUUUCAAUGGUUGACAUGGACAAUUAACUUAAUUUUAAUUAUUUGGUUUGUUGGCAAAUGUGGACUUUUGCAAGGCAAUGCUUAGGAUGAAAGUUUUGCAAGUCUCAGAGAAUAGCUAAAUAUGGGAGAAGAGAAAUAGAUGGAGCACAAUCAGGAGAUUUAUUCCAAUUUUUAUGCCAUUUGUGUAGCUAACAAAGGAUUGAGUUAAUUCAGUUUUGGAACUUCAUACUUAAAAAUCUUCAAUCAGGUUCCUUGUUAACAUGGCAAUAUAGGAUAUAGUCACGGGAAAUUCCUUUUAAUUGAGAAUGAAAGAAGUGGAAAGUUUCAGUUACAAAUCUGGGAAAAAGUACAAGUGGGAGCAAAACCUUUUGAAAGGUGCAAGACCAAUGUGACAAUGUGAUAUUGCGCUUAUUUGAAGGGUUCCUAAGAUAUCUGAAAUGUGCAAGAGACCUUUUUUCCGGUUGAUUUCUUGCCUUUCAGUUUGUUACAAGAGCACCUGGAGCAAGACAAGUCAUGGUGCAUGAACGUUUUAGCAGUUUUCGACUUUUCAAGCCUGGCCUAAUUUCUGAAACUUUAUACCAAUUAUAACAACCCAAGAUUUUUUUUAUUUUUAGGUCAAUGUCUUCAUUUAGUUCAUUAGAUGUCCAAAAAUGUGAAGAGAAUCUAGUCUCUCCUCUCUUGAAAGUAUCUGUUGUAAUAUGCAUUUGGCAUACCAAAUUAUCCAUUUAUUAACAACCUGUCAAUGACAUGUUACCUCUC